UACUCCGGACGGUUCUGCGCUCGCUCUGCGCUGUGAUCUCUAGCCCCCCGAUAUCCAGAAACACAAAUAUAAAUAUAUACACAUAUAUAUCUCCGAGAUAUAUCCCGCCGUACUUAUGUGCCCGACUUGUUUAAGCAAAUAUUAUCAGAAGCAAUUGUAGUUGAGAGCUUUGCUAAAGUGAAAAUAAAGAAACGAGAACAACCAGUUAACCAGGAGCAGCUGCAGGUUCCGCCGGAACCGGAGGAGCAUCCACCACAACAACAUCAUCGCCAUCAUGCACACGCUUUUCAGUGACCAGAACUCCUUCACCCGCCAUUAUGCCCAGACCGCUGCCGGUUAUGGUUCCGCCUCGGCGGUGGCAGCGGCCAGCAGUGCUUCUGCAGCGGCGGCGGCACAUUACGCAUACGACCAGUACUCCCGGUAUCCGUACUCGGCCAGUGCCUACGGCCUGGGUGCUCCGCAUCAGAACAAGGAGAUCGUAAAGCCGCCGUACUCGUACAUAGCCCUCAUCGCCAUGGCCAUCCAGAAUGCGGCGGACAAGAAGGUGACGCUGAACGGGAUCUAUCAGUAUAUUAUGGAGCGAUUCCCCUACUACAGGGACAACAAGCAGGGCUGGCAGAACUCCAUCCGGCACAAUCUGUCGCUCAACGAGUGCUUCGUGAAGGUGGCGCGGGACGACAAGAAGCCCGGCAAGGGUUCCUACUGGACUCUGGAUCCCGACUCGUACAACAUGUUCGACAAUGGUUCCUUUUUGCGAAGGCGCCGACGCUUUAAGAAGAAGGAUGUGAUGCGGGAGAAGGAGGAGGCCAUCAAGCGGCAGGCCAUGAUGAACGAGAAGCUGGCCGAGAUGAAGCCUCUGAAGCUGAUGACCAAUGGUAUUCUGGAGGCCAAGCACAUGGCCGCCCAUGCGGCUCACUUCAAGAAGGAGCCCUUGAUGGAUUUGGGCUGCCUGAGCAGCAAAGAUGUCUCGCAUGCCGCCAUGCUCAACUCCUGCCACGACAGUUUGGCGCAGAUGAAUCACUUGGCCGCCGCCGGCGGGGGUGUGGAGCAUGCCGGCUUUACGGUGGACUCCCUGAUGAAUGUGUACAACCCGCGUAUCCAUCACAGCGCCUAUCCCUACCACUUGAAUGAUGACAAUUUGGCCACCAGCCAGAUGCAUCAUGCUCAUCAUGCCGCCGCCGCCCAUCAUGCCCAGCAGCUGCAGCGCCAUGUGGCGCAUGUUUCGCAUCCCUUGACCCCCGGCGGCCAUGGUGGUGGAGGCAUCCAAUCGUCGGGUCACUCGCCCACUACCAUAGCCACGCCCCAUGGCCCAGCGCAUGGGGGCUGGUACACCCCGGAGACACCGCCAUCGGAGCCUAUUUCCCAGAAUAACAACCAGCAGGGAACGCCCACUCAUCCGGGACAUGGGAAUAGCAACAACAACAACAACAACAGCAACAGUGUCCUCAACAACAAUGGGGGAGGAGGAGGCGGUGGCUCCCAACUAACCAGCAGUCCCACCUCGGCUUUAGGCUUUCGGGAUAUGAUCUUCGAGCAGAAUCAAUCCUGCCAACUGGAUCAGGGCAGUCCCACCGGCAGCCUACAGUCCGCCAGUCCACCGGCACCGGCCAGCGUGGCAGCAGCUUCGGCAGCAGCCGCGGCAGCGGUGAUCAGUAGCCACCAUCAUCAUCAUCAUCACCAUGCGGCGCUCAGCGGGAACCUGGGUCAGCUGGGGCAACUGAGCAAUCUCAGUCACUACCGGCCGCAUGUGGGUCACUACCAGGAGUACGGCAUCAAGUAUGGUGUCUAGGAGGGAUUCAGCGAGGAGUCGCCCCCAGGGGGAUUCCCACUGACCACCACCCACCAUCACCACCAGCUGGGCUCACUUGUAUAUUCGUGUAAAUAUAUACCCAAGAACGAACCACAGCUCUAGAUUGUAGAUUGUAUCUUUGUAUCUCAGAACGAAUUUAAGCUGCUUUUCUGUUGUUUCCAGCCAGGGGAAACAGAGUUAAGGGGGGAGUAGGGAGAGCUCUUGAGCUUUUUCCUCAUAAAAAAGUAUUGAUUUGAGCUUCACAUCCCUAUCCCUUAGCUCUUAAAACCCUGGACUAUCACCCCCUUUUAUCGUAUACGAAGCAAGUUUUAGUUGUUAAGAACCGCAUAAUUGUAUUAACUGUAUUUGUAAUUGUAGAACUUAAAUUGUUAUCGCGUUUAGGCUUAGUCCCAAUUGUCUGCUAUGCAAUUUGUGAUGAGGUUUUGCUACACAGAUUUAUAUAUAUAUUAAUAUAUAUAUAUGAACAUUAAACUAGCGCAUUUUGUCAAUAACUAAACUAUUGCAAACUACAACUAGCCUAGCCCACGUAAGCAAUAAUAAAUUAUACAACUAAAUCGUAGCUAUAAUAUAAUUAUUAUCAAAAACUAGU